AUCUCCAUCCAGAAGAUCCUGCUGGCGGUUUGCCAGAAGGCGGCGGAGACGUCGAACGCGUACGAGAGGCACCGCAUUCUGCUCAUGUACCACCUGUUUGUGGGUCUGCUGCCGGAGGUGCGGGAGGGGCUGGGCGGGGCCUGGGCCUUCGUCCUGAGAGACGUCAUCUACACUGUCAUCCACCACAUCAACGGCAGCCCGGCCCAGUUAGACGAAGUUACAACCAGGAGCCUCUUGUUGUGCUUGGACCUGCUUGAGUCAGUGUGCCGGACUGCUGUACUGUUCUGCGAGGAUGCUCUAGAGAGCCACCUGCAGGUCAUUGUUGGAACUCUGACCACACAGGUGACUGACCAGCCAGCUGUCUCCCAGCAGGUCCUCGGUUUGCUGAAGUUUCUGGUUAUUGAAAAUCACGACAACAAGCACCUAAAGAGGGCCAUCCAGCUGCUGGAGCCCCUCCCCAAUCGCCCCGCCUUCAGACAGCUGCGGGAAACUCAACACGCACUCAAAUACAGCACAGGAGCGUUCACCCUCCGACAGGAGAUUGAGUACUUCCUAUCGGUGUGUUGGUGCGACUCGCUGCCCCUGGCGCGGCUGGAGGGGCUGAAGGACCUGCGGGGGCAACUGCGCUCCCACCGGGGGCAGAUCAGCGGCCUGCUGACGGAGUGCCAGGCAGGCCCCGCAGACAGUGUGUUGGUGAGGUUGGUCCUGCGUCUCCUGCAGCUGUGUAAGCUGGCAGCCAAUCACCCGGGAGGAGCCGAUAUCCUCGAGGCCGCGGGGAGUUCUGGGGAGCUGGGUCCUAUAGACCUCUGCACCAUCGCACUGCCCCAUGGGAAGGAUCGGGUCACCGCCCGCGCGGCCGAACUCUUCGGGGACAUCGAGCUGCAGUGGACCUUUACCCUCUUCACCUGCAUGAACAGCGCACUCACACACCACUGUAUCAAGGUGAGGCAGGCAGCUGCUCAGUGCCUCAGGGACACCCUGGCCUCUCGGUGUGGGAUGGAAUUCUGGGCAGCAUACAAAGACAGUCAGGACCCCAUGCUGGUGUACUUCAGCCCCUUCAGAUCAGCCAAGAAGAAGAUGGAAGUCAGAGCGGAGGUCAGGCCGGACUCCCGGGAGCAGCUGGAGAGCCUGGCUCUGUGGGACCCCCAGCAGGGGCAGCACUCUGAUUGGCUGAGGAGGCUGUGUAUGGCGCUGCUAGACAGCGGGGGGGUGCAGAGUGAAGCCCUGCUGCUCUCACGGCCCCUGUGCAAGGUGAAGACGGAUUUCUGCCAGACAGUCCUGCCCCUCUUCAUCCAUGAUGUUCUGCUGCAGGACACAGACGGAUCCUGGAGGACCCUGCUGUCCUGCCACAUCAGAGACUUCUUCUCCUGCUGCGCCCGCAAUAACCCUGCAUCCAGUCGCUCUGCCACGCCCCUGCUCCCAGACUCCGGGUCGGACCCUGCUGGCCCCGGCCCGGUGGACAGAACGUCCUUGCGUACGAUGCUGUCAGUUGUCCACUACCUGAGACAGCAGCCCAGACCGGGGCCCGGCAGCUCCUCCCUGGGGACGGUGUGUGACUCUAACUUCUGGCUGGAGCUGAACUACCUGGAGGUGUCACGGGCGGCCGAGGGCUGCUCCGCCCACUUCACCGCUCUGCUCUACGCCGAGAUCUACGUGGACGAGGUCCGGUCCCGCCUGGAGGAGGACCGCAGGACCCAGUCCAAGACCUCCCGCCGGCUGGCGUUUGAUGAGAGCAGCCAGAACUUCAGCAUCGCUGGGCUGACUGAGAGGAGUGUGGAGGACACAGGCACCAGCCUGCAGGACCUGCUGAUCGAGGUGUACAGGAGCAUCGGGGAGCCAGACAGUCUGUACGGGUGUGCAGGGGCCAAGAUGGCCAGUCCUCUGACCAGGAUCAGGACGUACGAGCACGAGGCUCUGUGGGGGAAAGCUCUGGCCACCUAUGACCUGCACACCGGCCUCUCAGACGUCACCCGACAUGUGGGGAUUGUGGAGGCCCUGCAGAAUUUUGGGCUGUGUGGCACCCUGGUGACCUAUCUGAGGGGCCUGGAGAGCGAGGGGGCAGAGUGGGGGGCCGAACUCAGGGAGCUGCAGUUCCAGGCAGCCUGGAGGAACACACAGUGGGACUGCGACCUGUCGGACAGGAGUGACAGAGUGGCCCCUGGCUUUAAUGAGUCAGUGUUCUGUGCCCUCCAGGCCCUGAGGGACAGAGAGCUCUCAGUGUUCAGCCAAACGCUCAAAACCACCAGGGUCUCGGAGGUGGAGGUUCUGUGCAGAGACAGUCUGGAGGCGGUGUCCUCUCUGUACCCGGCACUCUGUAACCUGCAGAGGAUCAGUGAGCUGGAGAGCGUGGGAGAGCUCUGCUGCAGCGCUCUGACGGAGAGUGGCCUGGCGGAGGUGCAGGGCCGCUGGCGGGAGCACGGGGAGCUCCUGGAGAACAGCGAGUUCAGCCUGCUGGAGCCCAUCCUGGCGCUCCGCACGGCGGUCCAGGAGACGCUCAUCCUGCGGGAGGACGACGCGGACAGGAAGCAGUACCUGCACCAUGCCCUGGCCACUCACCUGCUGCAGCUCUGCAAGCUGGCCCGCUCUGCCGGCCACACACAGCUGGCAGAGAAGGCAGCCUAUCAGAUGAAGCAGCACAGCUGGCCCAGCGGGGGGCGGGGCCCAUCGCCGUGGCAACUGGAGGAGGUGCAGGUGUUCUGGGCCAAAGCAGAGCACAACCUGGCGCUGGGCCUCCUUCGACAGAUGAUCGACACACUUAGCGACCAGGUGGAGUUUAACCCAGCGUUGCAGCCCACGUACGCGGAGUGUCUGAGGCUCUGUGGGAGCUGGUUGGCUGAAACGUGUCUGGAGAGCCCCGGGGUUAUUCUGGAGAAGUACCUGGAAAAGGCGGUGGAGGUGAUGGAGGAGCACUCAGGAGGGGAGGACCCUCGGCUGCUCGCCCAGAAGACCCAGGCGUACCUCUCCCUGGCCCGCUUCUCGGAUGCGCAGUACCAGAGCAUGGAGAACUACAUGAAGUCCUCCGAGUUCCAGGAUAAACAGGCGCUGCUCGAGAAGGCCAAGGAGGAGGUGCAGCUCAUGAGAGAGCACAACGUCAACACCAACAGGUACACGGUGAAGGUGCAGCGGGAGCUGGAGUUGGAUGAGCGGGCCUUGGCGGCUCUGCGGGAGGACCGGAGCCUCUUCCUGCUCAAGGCCGUGCAGAACUACAUCCUGUGUCUGCAGCUGGGCGAGCAGCAGGACCUGUGGGUGUUCCGCCUGGCGUCGCUGUGGCUGGGGAACGCAGAGAACCCCGACCUCAACCGCGCCGUCAAGGAGGCUGUCCAGAGGAUUCCGUCCUACAAGUUUCUGCCCCUGAUGUACCAGCUGGCUGCCCGCAUGGGCACCAAGGUCCCCCGAGGCAGCAGCGAGGACCUCGGCUUCCACGACGUCCUCAUCGAGCUAAUCCGCCAGACAUCGCUGGACCACCCUCACCACACCCUGUUCAUCAUCCUGGCGCUGGUCAACGCCAACAAGGACGAGAACUUCUCCCGAAACCGGCUGUCCCGCUCAGUCCCCCGCCACCCAUCCCAACUGGACACGGAGCGUUCGGAGGUAGCACUCAGGAUCAUCAAUGAGAUCCGGAGGGAGAAAGGGCGGAUGGUCAGAGGCCUUGAGGCCCUCAGUAACGCCUACAUCACCCUGGCCUACCUGGACGCCAGCCGUCACAAGACCGAGAAGAAAGCCAUACCCAUUCCGUCUGACCAGCCUAUUAUGCAGAUUAAGGAUCUGGAUGACAUUGUGAUCCCCACAAUGGAGAUCAAGGUGGUCCCCUCUGGUCAGUACGAUGACUUGGUGACCAUCAGGUCCUUCAAGCCCCACUACCACCUCGCUGGAGGAGUGAACCUGCCCAAGAUCAUCGACUGUGUGGGCUCAGACGGCAAGGCCCGGAGGCAGCUGGUCAAGGGCCAGGAUGACCUGCGGCAGGAUGCUGUCAUGCAGCAGGUGUUCCAGAUGUGCUCGACGCUGCUGCAGCGCAACGCUGAGACGAGGAAGAGGAAGCUCAACAUCUGCCGCUACAAG